GCUUGGUGCUGCCUGGGGCUCUGUGUGCCGGUUAAACCGGGCUGGGCACAGCACUGAGCCCUGCAGGGGCUGCCUGCUCCCCAACAUGGCUCCUUAUGGCAGCUGGGUGUGCAAUGGGGGUGGGACCCCCACCCCGUAUCCCCACACGUGGCACUGAGCGUGUCCCUCUGCCCCACAGGAUGGACAGGAUGACGGAGGACGCGCUGCGUCUCAACCUCCUCAAGAGGAGCCUGGACCAGGCGGACGAGAGGGACGACGUCCUGGCCAAGAGGCUGAAGAUGGAGGGACACGAGGCCAUGGAGAGGCUGAAGAUGCUGGCGCUGCUGAAGAGGAAGGACCUGUCGGGCAUCGAGGUGCCCCACGAGCUCCCGGUCAAACAAGAUGGUGUGAAAGUGUACGAGGAGAAGCUGAACGGGAGCCUGAGGCCCCAUGGGGAUGGCAGGACUGCAGGGAGGCCGGGCAAGGAGAACAUUAACGACGAGCCGGUGGAUAUGAGCGCCAGGAGGAGUGACCAGGACCGGGGCCGCCUCACCCCCUCCCCAGACAUCAUCGUCCUCUCCGACAACGAGGCCUCCAGCCCCCGCUCCAGCUCCCGCAUGGAAGAAAGGCUGAAGGCGGCCAACCUGGAGAUGUUCAAGGGGAAGAGCAUCGAGGAGAGGCAGCAGCUCAUCAAGCAGCUCCGGGACGAGCUGCGGCUGGAGGAGGCCAGGCUGGUGCUGCUGAAGAAGCUGAGGCAGAGUCAGCUGCAGAAGGAGAACGUGGUACAGAAGACUCCGGUUGUCCAGAAUGCGGCGUCUAUCGUGCAGCCAUCUCCUGCUCACGUGGGACAGCAGGGACUGUCCAAGCUGCCCUCCAGGCCUGGAGCUCAGGGGGUCGAGCCUCAAAACUUAAGGACAUUACAGGGUCACAGUGUCAUUAGAUCCGCCACCAACACGACCCUGCCCCAUAUGCUCAUGUCUCAGCGCGUGAUCGCCCCCAACCCUGCCCAGCUGCAGGGGCAGCGCGUUCCUCCUAAGCCUGGUCUCAUCCGCACUACGACUCCAAGCAUGAAUCCAGCCAUCAACUACCAGCCGCGUUCGUCGUCCUCCGCCAUCUACAUGAACCUCGCGUCCCACAUCCAGCCUGGCACCGUCACCCGCGUCUCGUCCCCGCUCCCCAGCCCCAGCGCCCUGAGCGACGCCGCCAACUCGCAGGCAGCCGCCAAGUUGGCGCUGAGCAAACAGCUGGAGAAGACACUGCUGGAGAUCCCUCCUCCAAAGCCACCAGCUCCAGAGAUGAACUUCCUGCCCAGCGCGGCCAACAGCGAGUUCAUCUACAUGGUGGGGCUGGAGGAGGUGGUGCAGAGCGUCAUCGAUAGCCAAGGGAAGAGCUGCGCGUCCUUCCUGCGCGUGGAGCCCUUUGUCUGCGCUCAGUGCCGCACCGACUUCACCCCGCACUGGAAGCAGGAGAAGAACGGGAAGAUCCUGUGCGAGCAAUGCAUGACGUCCAACCAGAAGAAGGCGCUGAAGGCCGAGCACACCAACAGGCUGAAGAACGCCUUCGUCAAAGCUCUGCAGCAGGAGCAGGAGAUCGAGCAGCGGUUGCAGCAGCAGGCAGCCCUGUCCCCCACCGCGGCUCCGGCCGUCUCCAGCGUCGGCAAACAGGAAAGCAUGAUGAGGCACCACACGCUCCGGCAGGCUCCGCAGCCCCAGAGCUCUCUGCAGCGCGGCAUCCCCACCUCGGCCCGCUCCAUGCUCUCCAACUUCGCGCAGGCGCCGCAGCUCUCGGUGGCGGGUGGGCUGCUGGGCAUGCCAGGCGUUAACAUUGCCUAUCUGAACGCCGGCAUCGGGGGGCACAAAGCAUCCAGCCUGGCGGACCGGCAGCGCGAGUACCUCCUGGACAUGAUCCCCCCCCGCUCCAUAUCACAUCAGGACGGAUAUGGGGACAUGGAGAUGGAUUGA